AUGUCUGAAACCAGUCACGUUUAUCCCACUUAUGUCCCGUCCGAGUCACUUGUCCAAGACCUGAAAGACUUCAUCUGUCGCAACGAUGAACGCCUUACCAAAUUCAACAAUGCCGUUGAGACCGCAGUCGAGGAUGCUCCGCGUGACAUGGGGGCUGAAGGAAUCUCAACCUUGGACAAUUUCCUUCAAUACUGUGAUGAUUUGCUGAGAUGGGUCCCGAAGGUGUCAUCCACUGGCGACGAAAUGCUACGAAAGAUCUUGGUCUUUUACUGGGUCAUCGAUCAGCCGGAAGUUCGGGAUCUGCAGACUCCAAUCAGUCCAGAGAACUCCAACACCGAUCUCAACUGGCUAUCUUAUUGGCUGGUGUGCUUUGCUAGGCAGCAGGGUCAGUAUUUAAGCACGCCUGAGUCUGCAGCCGCCGUGUACACAUUCUACAUCAACGACAAGUACAAUAAGGAAGCAAAGAAAUGGGAAGAGCCCAAGGAUGGCUGGCUGUCAUUCAACCAUUGGUUUGCACGCCGCUGGAAAAAUAUAAACCGAGCUCGUCCAGUUGCGAGCCCCAAUAAUCCCAAUGUGAUUGUGCACCCGGCAGACUCGAUUUAUGAUGGUAGCUGGCCCAUCGAGAAUGGUAUUGUCGAAAUCAAGAUUAAAGGAGUCGAAAUCAGCUGGCCUAUCAAAGACUUGCUUCGAGUCCAGGACAACGACACUACUUGGAACCAAGGACAGUUCAUGCAUGCUUUCUUGGGUCCCAGUGAUUACCAUCGCCAGCACUCUCCCGUGACCGGCAAGGUGGUUGAAGUACGAAAGAUUCAAAAUCAAGUCUAUCUGCAGGUCGCGCAAAAACAAGGCGAGGACACCAUCUUCGCAGAUAGAGCCAUUCUCCGUGCCCCUGAAGAAGUCGAGCGCCGAAAGGGAGCUCGAAUCCAAAGCAAUGAGGACUUGGAUGCCCCCGACGAAGCCGGAUAUCAAUGGUGCCAAACCAGGGGGCUUAUUAUCAUCGACACUGCCGGUUACGGAAAUCACGGGAAAGUUGCUAUCCUUCCCAUUGGAAUGGCCCACGUUUCGUCCGUUGUCAUGUGUGUCAAUAAGGACGAUGUGGUAAAGAAAGGGGACACGAUCUCCUACUUCCAAUUUGGUGGCUCAGACUGCGUCGUCGUCUUUGAGAAACAAGUCCGGUUCAGGGAGGACCUAGUUCCUGGAAAAACCAAGAUACUUGUUAGAGAAAAAUUGGCUACCUUCGAGUGA